UCACUCCCAUCAGUAGCCAAGCUUCAUGAUGGCUUUGCGUCGUCUUCACAUAUUCCCAAAUCAGAUACGCCUGCUUUUCUCUAAAGACUUAAUUGUAUUAGCAAAUGAAAUCCUCCUCUGAUUGAUUCACAAAGAACCGAAAACCAUUCAAUGGCUUCUCUGCAAACUCUGAAAUCCACUCUGUCUCUCAUCAUUCUUUCCCCCUCAAAUUUCCACGGGAAAUCGGAUUCCAGGAAUAUGGUUCUCAGGUUUAGGAGUUGUAGGGGGUCGCCUUAUUUUGUUCGUAUCCCGAAACUUAGGGUUUGGUGCCGAAUACAAGACGAUGAUAACCAAAGCAAGAGUAAUGGUGAAGAACCUCCUGAGUCAUUAUUUAUGAAGGAAUUGAGGCGGAGGGGUAUGACACCAACUUCACUGCUUGAGGAUACAACUAGGAGCAAGAGUGGGCUGGAUGAUGAAAUUAAAUUGGGGGAAGAUGACAGGGGAUUGUCAAAAAGAAAUACAGUCUCAACUGACUAUGAGAAAGACUUAACCAAUCAAAGAGAGCGCUCCAUGGCCUUGAACAGCGAAGGCCUCGAGGGUUUAAUUCCUCGGGCUAAACUUUUGCUAGCAACUGGAGCUACAUUUUUCUUGGGAUUUUGGCCAUUGAUCCUUGUAACUGUAGCAUUCUUUUCUGCUCUUUACUUCUAUUUUGGAACAGCGUUUGUCCAUGAUGGUAGUGAGACACCCAUUUCACCCCCACAGUAUGUUGAUCCCUAUGAACUAUUGGAAGAUGAAAGAAUAUCUCAAAUGGCUCCGGGUGUAAACUGACAAACACAUACUUCACAGCAUCAAAAUACCAUGUCUUUUAUUGGCCUCCUAUGACAUAUUUUGUUUGCCCUUCUGGAUUCUUUGCCCAUGUAAAUCCUAAUGACCAUAUUCACCUCAUCAAUUAAAAUGUAGCACUGUUCAUAUUUUUUGAAAGAUUGUAUGAUCCUAUUUAUAUUUGUUUUGUCUCA